GAAGAAGUCGCUCCGCUUCUCUUUUUUGCAAUGGAGAGCUUUCUAAUUCUAAAAGACGAGUUUUGAGCUGGGGCGGGGGGAGAAUGGAAGGCGACGGCUGUAAACUGGGAAGCGCGGGGAGCCUGUGGCAGGACACUUUGGCCAUCGCCCUGACUCCCAGCAAGCCUGUCUCGGCGGGGAGCCACGGCAGCCGCGGGGGCAACGGCCGGAGCCGAGCCUUGAGCGUUGUCUUCGUCUACACCGAGGAUCUCACCGAGCCCCUCCCUCUGCGGUGCUUGGAGGACGCCUGCAAAGAGAUCCCGGCAGCCGAACUGACGGUCCUGCCCUUUGGUACCGUGGCCCUGGGCGACAUGGGCGCCUUGGACAGUUUUUAUAAUGCAGAUGUGGUUGUGGUGGAGAUGAGCAACAGGCUGUACCAGCCCUCGCUGUUCUAUCACCUGGGGGUCCGCGAGAGCUUCAGCAUGACCAACAACAUCCUCCUGUGCUGUUACACGGACCUGCCGGAGCUGCAAACCCUCCGGGAGGAGAUUUUCCAGAAGACUUCUGACUGCAACUGCAGCUACACUUUCAUCCCUUAUGUGGUGACAACUCAAAACAAGGUUUUCUGCUGUGACUCCAGCAUCAUGAUGUGCUUGAGUGAGCUUUACCAGCCCAACUUCAAUAUGGAAGCCUUCUUCACCCCGUUGACUGAGCAACUUGCCAAGCUGCUUGAGGGCACUUCUGCCAACUCCUGCGGCUACUUCCGAGAGAUGAUCCGGAGCGACAUCCGGAGGGCUCGAGAAAGAUACAGUGGAGCACAGCUGAGCCAUGAGCUGACCAGCAUUCAGCAACGCCUAGACAGUGUCGAGUGCCUCAGCCUUGACAUCGUCAUGAAUUUUCUCCUAGCCUACCGUGAUGCUCAGGAUUUUGAUGCCAUCAUCGUUCUGGUGGAGACCUUGCAGACCCUGCCCACUUGCAACAUCGCUGAGCAACACAACAUCUGCUUCCACUACGCCUUUGCUCUUGACAGGCGGAACCAGCCCAGUGACCGCCAGAAGGCGCUCUCUGUUCUUCUGCCACUGGUGGAAAGGCCUGAAGGGGUGGCGCCUGACUUGUACUGCAUGUGUGGCCGCAUCUACAAAGACAUGUUCAUUGAUUCCGGCUUCACAGAUGCUGAGAACCGAGAUCAGGCUUUUUACUGGUACCACAAGGCCUUCUUAACGGAACCCAGCCUGCAUCCCGGGAUUAACUCUGUAGUCUUCCUCAUGGCUGCUGGGCACAAGUUUGAAACUUCUGUGCAACUCCGGCAGAUAGGUAUGAAGCUGAGCUGUGUCCUUGGUCGCAAGGGGUGCUUAGAGAAGAUGGAGCAUUACUGGGAUGUUGGUUUCUACCUGGGUGCAAGUAUUCUGGCUGCUGACAUGGACAAAAUCAUUCAAGCCUCAGAGAAACUUUACAAGCUCAACGCCCCUGUUUGGUACCUGAAUUCCAUCAAGGAGACAUACACCAUAUACAGUCACUUCAAGACUCCUUCAGACAUAUGGUCACCCAAACAGGAGCUGGUGGAUUUCUGGUUGGGAUUCUUGAUGGAGUCAUGCCAGACCUUUGUUUCCACAGAGCAAUGCCCGGUGCUGAUCUUAGAGCUGGCCAGAGUGCUGCAGCCCUCCCAGCUCAGCGUCUGCAACACAGAAGGCGAGAGGUCCGUGACGUUGACCCACGUCUGCUCCCUGGAGGAGGAAGGAAUUUCGACCUGGACAUUUCCGGCAUCUUCCAUCCGUGGAGUCAGCAUCUCCAAAUGUGAUGAGAGGUGUUGCUUCCUCUAUGUACUGCACACAGCCGAGGACUUCCAGUUGUGUUUUCCCACACAGUAUCACUGCCGCUGGUUUUGUGAAUUGGUCCGUUCUUUCAUAUCAGAAGCAGGCGAGGAAGGUAACAGCUGCAGCUCCCCAGAGGAGCUAGAGUAUGAUUAUGAAUACACGGAAUCAGGCGACAGGGUGAUUCUGGGCAAGGGCACCUAUGGGGUGGUCUAUGCUGGGCGAGACCUCAGCAAUCAAGUGCGCAUCGCCAUCAAGGAGAUUCCAGAGCGGGACAGCAGGUACUCACAGCCCCUGCACGAAGAGAUUGCUCUCCAUAAGCGUCUGAAGCACAAGAACAUUGUCCGGUAUCUGGGCUCCAUCAGCCAAGGUGGCUUCCUCAAGAUCUUUAUGGAGGAGGUACCUGGAGGGAGUCUUUCCUCUCUCUUGCGUUCCAUGUGGGGCCCUCUGAAGGACAACGAACCAACCAUCAUUUACUACACCAAACAGAUCCUAGAGGGGCUGCGCUACCUGCAUGACAACCAGAUUGUCCAUAGGGACAUAAAGGGAGAUAACGUCUUGAUCAACACAUACAGCGGAGUGUUGAAAAUUUCCGAUUUCGGCACCUCGAAGAGGUUGGCAGGGAUCAGCCCCAAGGCAGAGACCUUCACAGGCACCUUGCAGUACAUGGCUCCAGAAGUCAUUGAUCAGGGUCCACGAGGCUAUGGCAAGCCGGCAGAUAUCUGGUCCCUGGGAUGUACCAUCAUAGAGAUGGCAACAGGGAAGCCUCCUUUCUUCGAGCUGGGAAGCCCACAGGCCGCCAUGUUCAAGGUAGGCAUGUUCAAGAUCCACCCUGAAGUGCCUGACUCCAUGUCGGAUGAAGCCAAGACCUUUAUCCUGAGUUGUUUCGAAGCCGAUCCAGACAAGCGUGCAACAGCUGCCACGUUACUUCAGGAGUCUUUCUUGAAGACAUCCAGUAGGAAGAAAACCAAGAGCCCAGCAGUGACAGAUGACUCGGCAGCUCCUGCCAUAACUGAAAGGUCAACUUCCGCAGAGGGCAUUGUUGAAUUCAGGGACCGCUCCCCGUCCUUGCAGGCCCUGAUGCCACAGGCAGAGAAUAUUUUCUUAUCCCCAAGUUCCAGUGAGGUGAUGCAGAGAUCCACUCACCUACGGACUCCAGAGAAACUGGCCAAUCUUGACCUCAACCUCUCCUCUUCUUCCCAUGAGGAGAGUGGCUGUUUGUUCUUGCUGAAGAAGGACAGCGAGCGAAGAGCCACGCUCCACAAAGUCUUGACGGAGGAGCUACCAAGCAUUGCAUCUGCAAUCCACGAGGUCCAGGACCGGAGCCCAUUGUCAUUGGAGCACAUCUCCCAGCUGGUGUCCUGCCUCAAGAGCUACAUCCGCUCUCCCAAUCGCAAGCAGCUCACCCAGGGCCUUCUGCAACUCCAGCUCCACCUGCAGGCGGAUCAGCUUAGCCUUUAUCACCUGCAGGCUCCGCUCUUCACCUUCCAAGAUACUGUGAAGCAGGCACUGAGGAAGCUGCAGAUCAAGCCACACUGGGUGUUUGCACUGGACAACCUCAUGGGGCAGGCGGUCCAGGCAGCUUUCACUGUUCUCUUGACAGAGCUCAAGGUGAAGCCGUGGCUCUCACACGAGGAAGUCUGUGGACCCCCCAUCAAAGAGGAGGAGGCACCUUCAGUGCAGGAAGAGCUGCACUCACUCAAAAGCUGCAGCAGCACCGUGAAGGACAGUUCAGAAACACCAAGCUCCGGAAUCGGCACCGGCAGCAACGGCAGCUGGCUGGACUCCCAGCAUCCCCUGAAGAGCUGCAGGUCCCUCCUUGCCCAGCUGGGCUACCUGCAGGCAGAGACGCAAAGGUUGCAGUGGGAACUGAUGAAGAAGGAGCGCGAAUGCCAGAGACUCCUGCAGGAGGCAGUGAAGAGUGUAGAACGGAAUGCUUGGGGUCUAAGAAAGGCCGAGCCAAUAGGAACCUCUAGCUCUCACCUGCCUCAUCUCUGGAAGAGAGAAGAAGAGCCUGUAGACCCCCUGCUUGUUGAGUGGUUGGAACAGCAUGGAGUAGACAAAGACACCAUCACAACGCUCACAGAUCACGGUUUCACCCUCUCCAUCUUGCUGAACUGUGCUGCCCAAGAUGACCUCCGCUAUACCCGCAUCAGAGGCGGGAUGGUGUGCUGUAUCUGGAAGGCCAUCACGGAACAUCGGCACAGCCUUGGCCAGCAGCCCGGAGCAGAGUGAGAGGGCAGGGCUGACAGAGUCCCUUGAGCUGUACAGAUCCCACCACUUGUCAACUGUAUUCUUGCAAAGCCAUAAGGAAGCUCAGAGGCAGGUGCUUCAGCCCCCACCUUGCCUCAGGGAAAGCUGGCUGCUCAGAUCUCAUCUACCCUUUGGCCGGGGAAGGUGAAGAAGUCCGCUCCAGGCCCCCUCCUGGAAACAAGGCCUAAAGAAAACCGCACGUUGAGUCUGUUCCCAUCAAAAUAUCUCGGCCAAAUUCUGCAGCCGUUCCUUGGACUAAGAAAUGGGGUGGGGGGCUGCUUCUCCCCGAGGCCAGAAUUUUCAAGGGAAGACAGAGGGAUUCUGAGCUACACGGCAGUGUUACGCCCAGGGCAGCACCAGGCAUAGCCGCAAACACUCCCUGCUUGCUACAAGCCUUGGCUUAUGAGCCUCGUUCAGCAGCAAAGGCCAUAGCCAGAAAACACAACUGUGGACAUGAGGAAGAGAUGACAUGGACAACGUCCAUCAUUUGGGGGCCUAACCUGAAUAGCAGAAAGGAAACCAGGAUGGCCGAAGAAGCGAGCGGAGGGUUCGGUUUCUCAGUGUGCCACCACCAUGGAUGGUAAUACGCAGAAGUAAGGGAGUCAAUAAAAAUGAGGAAGCAGCAUUUGUUUGUAUUGACAAAGCAGGGAGGGAAAAGAAACUGAGGGCAGCCGGAACACCCUGUGGUUAACAUAGGAAGGGAUCUGGGGGGGGGGGGCACAUGUUUUUUUAAAG